CACACUGGACUGCAUUAUUUAUUGAGAAAAUACUUUUUUAUAGACUGAGAUCAAAGCUUUACAUGUAACAAAAUAACAGAAGAUGAAGAAAGGCUCUGAAGGUCCUCCUGGGCCUGACCCUGACCCUGACCCAUCAGGACCCUCUGAUGUCUCAAGACCAGGAUCUGCUCCAGGCCCAUCUCAGGAGGAACCCUCUCUAUCUGAUCUACAGGAAUACAUCCUAAACCUCUCUGAAGAGGAGUGGAUGGCAUUCGCCAGCAUUUUUCAUACCCCUAUGACCAGGACACACUUCCUGCACAUAUGUAAGGCUAUCCUUAGAGUGGUCAGCUUCAGCUCCAUCACCAUGGUCUUGCCAGCCUAUGUGUGCAUGGCCAAGGAUGCUGAAAUGACUUUCAGCAGACCCUCAAGUGCCACUAGCUCCGCCUCAUCAUCUGAAAUCACUCCAAAAAGACCUGGGAGUCAGAUGUUCCUCAAGCUGAAAAGUGCUCUUGGAAGACUACAAAAAUCUGUGGCAUGGCACAAGAUAUCUCGCUCAGCCGAUUCACCUUCUCUGUGCCCUAUGGUGGCAGAACAUGGAAGUGAAUCCCAUGACCUGACCUGUAUGGCAAAGACCCUGGAAAGGCUCCUUUCAAGUGACAAUAUCGACAACAUUGCCAAAGGCCUUGUGGAUCAGAUUCAGGCUGUUCGGCAGGACAGGAGCCCAACUCCCCCUACUUUGGAUGGAAAAAGAACCCCUGCGUGUGAGACUCAAAAGACGCCUCCCCAGAAGACACUGAGUGCCACUCAGGUAGUUUACUCUUUCACUGAGCAGGCCAUCAAGGGAUUGUUGCAGCCCUUCCUUCUCCCUCUGGUGCAAUGGAAUGCUGGUUGUGAUGUUGCUACGUCCAGAUUCUCUGUCUCCGGGAUCGAAAGCACACCAGCCGUAAAAUCAUUUCUUGGCCAGGAAAAGCCUGACUGCAGCUGUCUGGUGGCCAGGUUAAUGCAAGCACUGCCCAGCGUUGCCCAUCAGCAAACCACAGAUUCUUCAAAGAUUGUGACAUCAACCUCUUCUACUGAAGUUGCGAAUGUCUUCUCCCAGCUCAUGACCUCCCAGGUCAUUGACAUGAUCGACUCGGAGAUGGCAAAAUAUCUUGAGCAGAACAAAGAAUUAACUUCGGACGAAGCAAGGAUUCUAUCAACAACGCCUGACAAACAUGAGCCUGCGCUUGGUGAGCGCCUGGCGUCUAGCCCUGAUUCCCAAGGUGGUUUGAUGUCAAGGCUCCUGAAAAGGUUCCUUUCAGAAUUCAAAUCAACUGAUUCGUCUGAGCUUGUUGCAAUUGAUGUUGUCAAAGCUUCUGCAUCCACCAGUGAGAAGACGCAGUCUGCCUCUGCCAGACUUGAAGAUGUGCUGGGACUCUUCACAAGUGUGAUGGUUCACAAAGUGUUGGAGCUCCUUGAUGCUGACUUGGAAGUAAAACAGGGCGGAGGCCUUGACCUGGCUAAGGAUGUUUUGGACAUGGACAUGAGGCCUCAGAGCUCAUCCAGCUUUCCACUGAGCUCUACUACAGCUCCUUCCAUGCCGCACUCAGGUUCCACCAUCCCUGACAUAUACAAGUAUGUGACUGCCCGCAACAAAGAGUUCAUCUCUACUGCAUGCAAGCUUCCUGGAGACACCGAUGACAAUGGCUGUUUGAUCACAGCACUGGUGCUGCGUCUGUUGACCAAGAUGCAAGACCAGCAGACUGCCCCUGCGGAAGCUAAAACGGACACCCAGAAGCUUCUGGAACGACUUUUGCUCGAGUUCACCAACGCAUCAGGCACUCUGGACUUCAGCAUGUAUCAGAGCAACGCCAAACUGCAGGCACUCUACCACACCCUGAACACGCUCCUGCUGAGGAACUUCGGAUCGCAGGCCAUCCUGCAGAGACCAGUGGAUGCAAAGGACUCCACAUUUGAUGACCUGCUGAAGUCAGCAUUGAGUAAAGAGUUGCGGAAGUGGGAUGCGGAAGUCAUGGCUGCCACAUCAGCCCCUGGUGCCCCAUCAGUCCCAGCUGCCACAUCAUCCACAGCUGCCACAUCAGCCCCUGGUGCCCAACCCUCCCCGGAGCCUCAGGCAGGAACCACGGACAGCAAGACUCGCAAGAGGUGGCUCAGCUUCAAGCUCCCAAAGAGACUUGGCAAGAAGAAAGUGUCUCCCUCUGAUGCCGUUCUUCCUGACACAAAUCAGAGCAAUAACGUUGAUGAGGUUGUGCCAGUCAAGACGCGCCGUGAACGCUCAAUGUUCAUCAGACUGUUCACAUGCUGCUUCAAAGGCUCUGGGGAAUCUUGAAACCCCCCCAGACACACACACACACACACACAUACACACACACACACAC